AAAACUAUAAAAGGAGAGAGAUAUUGAGAAAAAUUCAUUUCAGAUAGUUAAAAUAAUAAUAAUGGCUGAUACCACCGCCAAAACGACGUCGUUUUUGACACCAACCCAACGUUACGCGGCCGGAGCUCUCUUCGCUUUCUCUCUCCACCACGCCCAAAUCAACCAGACCCGUCCCUUGGGCUCAUUCUUCUCCUCUGACGAUGAUGAUCCCUCCUCCGAUAAUCGGAUCAGUAGUGGUAGUUGCAGUAGUAGUACUUCCACCAGUAGCGACUCGGUCGCCGACGAUCCUGACCUUUGGGUUCACGAAGUCUCUGGACUUCUUCGCCCUGUAUUUAGGUUUUUGGAGAUUGAGUCAGUGGCUUGGUCUGGACUUGAGGAAACUGCUGGAUCUUCUCCUGCUAAGAAUCAUGUUGGAGCAUUCUUGAGGUUGUUGGCGGAGGAGGAAAAUGGUGAGAAUUCUUCUCAAGAUCAACAGCUUGCUUUGUCUAAAGCAGUUGAUGCUAUGGGACGUAGCAUGAAGAAAAAUCCUGAAGCUUCCGAGACUAAGAAGGAAAAAUAUCGUGAAUAUGUAAAUGAGUGUAAGGAGAAAUGUUCAACAGCGGAAGUGCAAUCAAACUUGGAGGAAGCAGGUGUCAAAACUGGGGUUAAGCAAAAGACUGAUGAAAAUGAUUUGGUGACUGAAAACAAAGUUGUUGUUGAAAAACCCAUUGAAGAAGUAAUGCUAAGUUAUGAGAGGAAAGUGACGGUUCUGUAUGAGCUUCUCACAGCUUGCCUAGCUGAUACACAUGUAGAUAGCAAGAAAAGUACCCGUAAAAGAAAGGGAUACGAUGCCCGGCAUCGUGUUGCUCUGCGGUUACUGGCAACUUGGCUUGAUGUCAAAUGGAUAAACAUGGAGGCUAUCGAGACGAUUGUUGCUUGCUCUGCAAUGGCAUUGGCUAAAGAAAAGGAAGAAUCAAAUGAAGUACCCGAUUCAUCAAAAGGAAAAUGGGCCAAGUGGAAGCGAGGUGGUAUAAUUGGUGCGGCUGCGUUGACUGGAGGAACUUUGCUGGCAAUUACUGGUGGUUUAGCUGCCCCAGCAAUAGCUGCAGGACUUGGUGCCUUAGCUCCGACAUUGGGUACUCUGGUACCAGUAAUUGGGGCAGGAGGAUUUGCCGCUGUAGCUAGUGCUGCAGGAACUGUGGCUGGAUCUGUUGCUGUUGCUGCAUCAUUCGGAGCUGCUGGAGCUGGACUUACAGGGAGCAAAAUGGCUAGGAGAACUGGGAGUGUUGAUGAGUUUGAAUUCAAAGUCGUAGGAGAAGAAAAUCAUAAUCAAGGAAGGUUAGCAGUUGGGAUCAUGAUCUCAGGAUUGGUUUUUAAUGAGGAGGAUUUUGUAAGGCCUUGGGAAGUACAAGAUGAUAACUCAGAAAGGUAUGUGCUGCAGUGGGAGUCUAAGAAUCUAAUUGCCGUCAGCACUGCAAUCCAGGAUUGGCUUACAUCAAGAAUUGCUUUGGAAUUGAUGAAGCAAGGUGCAAUGAUGACUGUGUUAAGCACACUUGUGGCUGCACUGGCUUGGCCAGCAACUUUACUUGCAGUUACUGAUUUCAUAGACAGCACGUGGUCAAUUGCGGUUGACAGAUCGGACAAAGCAGGAAGAUUGCUUGCUGAAGUGUUGUUAAAAGGGGUUCACGGGAACAGGCCUGUGACACUUGUAGGUUACUCGCUUGGUGCACGUGUUAUUUUCAAGUGUCUUCAGUUUUUAGCUGAAACUGAAAAAAAUGCUGAACUCGUAGAAAGAGUUGUUCUUCUUGGAGCACCGAUUUCGAUUAAAGAUGAGAACUGGGGAGCUGCUAGAAAGAUGGUUGCGGGAAGAUUCAUCAAUGCUUACGCUACAACUGAUUGGACACUCGGAGUUGCUUUUCGUGCUAGUUUACUUACUCAAGGAUUAGCUGGAAUUCAACCAAUAAAUGUCCCAGGAAUUGAGAAUGUUGAUGUAACUGAUCUCAUUGAAGGCCAUUCAUCCUAUCUUUGGGCUACACAGCAAAUCCUAGAGCUUCUUGAAUUGGACACUUACUAUCCUGUUUUCCGGGCCGCCAAACAGUCAACACAGACUUUUGAUUACCAUGGAUUCAGACCUCUUACUGGCUUACUAACAGAAUCCAUAUCGAAUAAUUGAGAGAAAAAGAGAUGAUGAUGUUUAUUCAGAAUGGUGUAGCCCCUUGUUCACUUUUGUGUCGUUUUUUCUUAUUAUGACGUCAAUGUCAAUUUAUUAUAACACAAAUUCAUUGUUUAUUUUCAUUAUGUGAUAGAGACCGAAGAUUAUCCCAUGUGAUGUGAGUUGUACACAUAAGUUAUUGUAAUGAAUUCAACAUGUUUAUAAAACAACCAAUAAACUAGUUGAACAA